AUGUCUGUGGCUCGGCUUUCCACCGAGGAUGACGAUUGGGAGACCAAAAAGGCCAAGAAGGAAGCCUCACCAGUGUUGGGCUUCUCGGACGAAGAUAAGACUGGAACCAUUCAAUCCCAUGAUGAUGCCCUGGUAGUCACACUCAGAAUAAGGGGAUAUGAUGUGAAGAGGGUGCUGGUAGAUCAGGGUAGUGUUGUGGAAGUAAUGUACCUUGACCUGUACAAGGGGCUGAACCUAAAACCCGAGGACCUAACGUCGUACGAUUCCCCUCUAAUAAGUUUCAAGGGGAAGACUGUUACUCCAAGGGGCCAGAUUAGACUGCCCAUACAAACCAAUUCGAAUGUGGUGGAGGUGGACUUCAUUGUAGUUGACGCUUAUUCACCCUACACAGCUAUUAUGGCCAUCCUUUGGCUUCAUGCCUUAGGAGCUGUCUCUUCUACCCUACACUAG